AGAUUAGUUACCUAUAGUAGUGCGCUCGUGGGUGCGCUCGAGUCGAUAGAACUCGCUAGUCGCUUACGUCGUUAACGGAAUUCGUUAGCACACUCCUUGCAGUUCACAGCCGGCUUUCCGUGAGUUCGUUGAGGACUUUAACGUUAACCUUCAGGCGGAAUAUACACAAUAUGCCCAUUCAAAGUAUCAAAGCUCGUCAGAUCUACGACUCACGUGGUAACCCCACUGUCGAGGUUGAUCUGGUUACUGAGCAUGGACUUUUCCGUGCCGCCGUGCCCUCAGGAGCAUCCACUGGAGUACACGAGGCUUUGGAACUAAGAGACAAUGACAAGUCUCAGUACCAUGGCAAGUCAGUCUUUAAGGCAGUUGAUAACAUCAACAAAAUCAUUGCUCCUGAACUCAUCAAGUCUGGUCUUGAUGUUACUGCCCAAACUGAUGUUGAUAACUUAAUGUUGAAACUUGAUGGUACUCCAAACAAAUCUAAACUUGGAGCUAAUGCCAUUUUAGGAGUAUCUUUAGCAAUUUGCAAAGCUGGAGCUGCAAAGAAAGGCCAACCACUUUACAAGUAUAUUGCUGAAUUGGCUGGAAACUCUAAUAUCGUGUUGCCAACUCCAGCUUUUAAUGUUAUCAAUGGCGGCUCUCAUGCUGGCAACAAGCUUGCCAUGCAAGAGUUCAUGAUCCUGCCAACUGGUGCUAAGGACUUUACGGAAGCCAUGAAAAUGGGCAGUGAAGUGUACCACCAUUUGAAGAAUGGUAUCAAAAAGAAGUUUGGUCUUGAUGCUACUGCUGUUGGUGAUGAGGGUGGUUUUGCUCCCAACAUUCUUGAAAACAAAGAAGCUCUCAAUCUUAUCAUUGAUGCCAUCAAAACUGCUGGUUAUGAGGGCAAAAUUAAGAUUGGUAUGGAUGUAGCCGCCUCUGAAUUCCAUAAAGACGGCAAAUACGAUUUGGACUUCAAGAACCCUAAGUCUGACCCAAGCACUUACCUGGAGCCUGCUAAACUGCAGGAACUUUACUUGGGUUGGGUAAAAGAGUUUCCUAUCGUUUCGAUCGAGGAUCCCUUUGACCAAGACGGAUGGGAUUCGUGGACUUCUAUCACUGCUGCCACUCCAAUUCAAAUUGUUGGUGACGAUCUCACAGUAACCAACCCGGAAAGAAUUAAGACCGCCAUUGAGAAGAAAGCUUGCAAUUGCUUGCUUUUGAAGGUCAACCAAAUCGGUAGUGUGACCGAAUCAAUUAACGCUCAUAAAUUGGCGAAGAGUGCUGGCUGGGGCACUAUGGUCUCUCAUCGUUCCGGUGAGACUGAGGACACAUUCAUUGCCGACUUGGUCGUUGGUUUAUCUACUGGUCAAAUAAAAACUGGUGCACCUUGCCGCUCCGAGCGUCUGGCAAAGUACAAUCAAAUCCUUCGUAUCGAAGAAGAACUGGGAGCUGCUGCUAAAUUCGCUGGUGAAAAGUUCCGAAACCCUCACGCUUAAAGAUUUUGGAUCGAAGUUAAUGAAACUGGAUGUAACAAGAUUGAUUGUCCUGGCCUUUGUUGUCAAUAUUAUUUAUAAAUUGAUAGCUGUAUUAUUAAUUAUUUACAUUUUACAAAUGUUUAUAAUUUCAAUUAAUCUCCACGCAAUUUCAAAGAUGUAGAAAGUCCUGCGUUUACAACUUGCAAACUGUAAUUCGUGUAUCGUUAGAUUUGUCGCAACGAUUAAUGUUAUUUAUCGUGAAUUUGUAAAUUCAUCGGAAUUGGACAUAAUUAAAGAGAAACUUCAAUAUUGAAGAAUUUAUUCUUAGACGAGCGACGUAAUAAAAGGAUAAAAUUAUUGGAUUUUGAUGCAUGAUUGGUACUUGAAAAAAUCCCGCCUUUUAUUUUGUUGGGAAAUAUUUAAUGUCAAUAAAACAAUAAAUUACACCCUAAA